UAUAUAUUGAGUUCGGUAUUUUGCCCUUUGAGGUUUAAGUUUUAAGUUUUAAUCCUUGAGAGAGAGAGAGAGAGAGAGAGAAAGAGAGAGUUUGGUAGUUUUGCCCUUGCUUUGCUCCACUUUCCUAUCAUUUUCGGAUCGAUUACGUCAGUUUUCGCCUGAAAAUUCACUCUCUCUGUUUAAAACUUGGCCUCUGCGGUGCUUUCCUGCAACUGUCGACCUCUGAAUUCAUGUCGAAAUGUCACCGAAAAGUUGGGUUUUGGCAGGAGAAGGGUUUGUCUCUUAACUUCAUAGAGAACGGUGCGUUGAAGCUAUGAACCCUCCCAUGCUUGGAAGAUUUAGGGUUUCUGUGAUCGACAGCCCUGAUUUCGUCUCCAUAUGGAGCCAGGGAUACACUCAUGGAUUAUGAUGACAAUGAAUUUCAAAGCCAGGACAUUGAACCUUUGAGUGACGAUAACACCAAAUUCCCUUCAGGCCUAAGAUCUUAUACUCUUCCUAAGUUUGAUUUGGAUGAGCCUCUUCAUGUAAGAUUUGAUAGUCUUGGGGAAGCUGGUGUUCUUCUUGGUAUUCAGAAUCAGACAGAGGAUCAUUGGAUUGAGGCUUUUCCUAGGGGGAAUAGUGGCAUUGUUCUUGAUCCUGUUUCCCAAGGCAUAGAGUUUAGUUCAGGCACCGCUGAAUCUUGCCCCAUUUCCAGGCAUAACGAUGUUUGGUCAGAGGCCACAUCCUCAGAAUCUGUUGAAAUGCUAUUGAACUCUGUUAAACAAGACGAGGUAAUCACUAAAACACAUAUCGUCGACGAGUCAGAUGCCUGUGAUAAGCUUGGAAUUUUAGAAAAUAAAAUGGAUACUACUUUGAGCUGUGAUGACUCCUCGCCCUCUAAUCUCGGGGUUGUCUUGGAUGCUGAUCCCACUGAUGGUGGGAAACAUCCAAAAAUGAUUGCGGUAGACACUUUAGAAAAUGCAGCUCAUUUUGGAAGUUUGAUGGAAACAUGUAAUGAGGAAAAAUUUAAGGAUGAAACUUCUACAGGAGAGGGUACAACAUAUGAUUGUAAAAAUGGUGACCAUUUUGAAAAUGUUAGAACUGUGGGUGAGAGUUCCGUGAAGAAUGUUCAACCAGAUAGUCUAUACCCAAAUUUAACAGAUGUUCAUGGUGAAAUUGGAACUAAAGAGCAACAGAAGGAUGAUGUACCAAAAGAUGACCAGAGGGAAAAACCCACCGGAAUUCAUAGUGUUGAUAGCGCUAAUGGUGCUGGAACUUCUUGUUUGGUGUCAAAAGCAGAUUCUCCUAAUAAACAAAAGACCCAAGAAGAGGAGGUACCCGUGUGCUUGAACGAUAGUCAUACAAGCACUUCAAAUGAUAUAGUGGUGCGAGAGCAAAUGAGAAGUGAGUGCUUAGAGAAUAUCAGUGGUGCUGAUUUUAUCCCAAAUAUACCUGAAACUAUUGUGACAGGACAUUCUUUGAGGUCAUCUGAGAUGCAUGACUUGAGUGGUGUGGCAGUGGAUGUAUCAAACUCCAUGCAUGAGAAAGCUUUAGAAAUGUUUGAUAGAAGAGAAGCUGAUGUAGGAAUUGGAGCUGUUGUGGGUAUUACUCAUUUGGAUGCUGUUGUCCGGGAAAGGGGGAGUGCACUGAUGUCAUCAAAAGUAAUUGAGGGGGUUGAUGAUGAUGGUGGGAGAGCUUACAAUGAGGGGAGAUCAGGCCAAUGUGAAAUCGAAAUGGCGAAUCCCCUAAUUUCACAGAAGUCGGAGACUGAUAUCAUUUCAACAGUAUCGGGAAGAGUUAUAGAUGGUUUUAUUUCCAAAUCUUCAGGAGCCGUUGGUGGCUUAUCAGAGACUGCAAGGGACUCAGCUACUGAUAAAACCUCAGAGGAAGUUCAGCUGAUGGUUCCUGAAAAAAUCAACAUCUCAGAUAAGGAUCCGUUGGAAAAGCAAGAGGUGGGAUCUAGUCGCUCUCAUAAUGUUGGGAAAGAAAUAAAUGGAAAAGCCCAAGAAAGUUCUCCAAUACCAGGACCUCCCAAUUUGCAAGGCGAUGAUGUGAGACAGCAGAUACAGCACUGUGAUGGUACCGAGCCACCUGAUUCAGUGGCUGCUCAGUUUUCAUGUCCUGUACAGAAUUCAUCUAUUAUUGAAUGCCAAAGUGAAUUCAAGAGUACAGAAGCUAACACUGAUACACAAGAAAACGAAUCAGAAAAACAGGGGGCAUCAGUUAUUAAUGCUGAAAUUGUGGAAGAAAAAGAUGGCCCAAGGAUAUCUGCAGAGUCUAGUUUGGGGCUUCAUGAAGAAACGUCCCCAGAACCUCUAGGGAAGGCAACUACUUGUGCAGAAGUGAGUGAUAAAGGCCAAGGCAUACAUGAGAAACAUGAAUCCAACCCUACAGUGGCAAAAUACAGCAAUUUUUCUAUCCUUAGUACAAGCACAGAGGGUAAUGUGGUUUCUGCCACCUGUUCUGCGGUUGUUGAAGCACAAAGUGAGUUACAGGUUGAAUCAGGAGGCUCUUCUGGAGCAGGUCUGACAAACCUAGUCCUGGCUGCAGGGGUUAAGCCUACUGAUGUCAAAGCACGAUCUUCUGAACCUGAUAAUGCAAUGAACGCUGAAGCAAAGGAAUUGGAAGAUGGUAUAGACAUCGGGGCUUCUCUUGAACGAGAUUGCGGCUCCCCUAUAGUUAUUAGUUCCAAUGAGCCUUGUCAUAGUGAAAUGGAGUGCCAAGAAGGUGACAAGGAAUAUUUAGAUCAGAAUGCUCGUCUCUCUGGGGAUACCCCCGGGGUUUCAAAUCGUGUUGAUAGACAGGGCAGUAAAAAUGAAUUAAAUUCGCAAAAUGCAGGAGAAAACGAUGCCUUGGAAACUGAUAAAAGUUUCACAUUCGAGUUGGGUUCAUUGGCUUCACGGGAGACUAAUAGUCCCAUGAGUAUUUCAGGUUCAUUUGUGACUGAUACAAAUGGUAAAGGCUGGAAACCUUUUCCAAGUGUCCAACCAGUUGAUUCUUAUCAGGUAACACCUUUACCAUCCCAAACCGAGCACAAAGUUUCGGAUGGGAAUUCUCGUGGGAAGCUUCCAAUAUCAGAAGGGCAGAAGGGGUCUAAAGUUAGUAAAGAAUCAAAUGUCACUGUAGAUGGAUCAGCUCUUAGAAGCAAAAUUGAGAAGUCUGAAGGGCAACCUGUCAAGAGCACCACCACCUUAAAGAAGGCCCCACCAAGUACACCUGCCAAAUCAGUGGGUGAGGCUUUCAGUAGAAGCGUGCAAGUUGAGGAGGUGCCUCGGCAUGCUUCUCUAGAAGGUAGCAGUACAAAACUAUCCUGUGUUACUACUGUCCAGGCAUCUAAUCUACCGGAUUUGAAUGCUUUAGCUGUUCCUGCAUCAGCAUUGUUUCAGCAGCCAUUCACAGAUUCCCAGCAAGUACAAUUGCGUGCACAGAUUUUUGUUUAUGGGUCUCUCAUUCAAGGCUUAGCACCAGAUGAGGCAUGUAUGAUAUCUGCUUUUGCAGACUCCGGACGUGAUGGUGGAAGGGGUGUAUGGGAGAAUGUAUGGCGCACUGCUGUAGAAAGGUGUCAAAAUCAGAAGUCACCUUCUAAUAACCUUGAGACCCCUCUCAGCGCUCGUUCAGGGUUUCGACCUAAUGAACUCGUGUCGAGGUCCCCUAUCCUCCAGAAUAAAGCCUUGGGAACUCCAGCUGGAAGAAGCACUAGCAAGAGCAGCCCCCCAUCUUCUAUUUUAACCCCUUCAGUUUCCUUGUCUUCACCAGUUUGGAAUAUUUCUGCCCCUUCACGUGAAGGGCUUCAGGCUACUAAUUUGCCAAGGGCCCAACACAUGGACCCAAUCCAAACAAUUCCAGCAAUGCAUCUCUACCAAUCUCCCCACAUAAGGCAUUUUGUUGGAAGCCCUUCUCCAUGGUCCACACAGUCCCCAUCUCCUGGUUCUUGGCUUGUACCCUCACAAACAAGCAAUGUUGAUUGUGCUGUGCAAUACCCAACAGUGGAAUCCAUACAAAUGACACCACCUAGAGAUUUGCCAUCUGGGGCUCGCUCCCAAGCCGUUCAUCUUGCCCCACCUAGUCCACUGGGACCUACUGCUGCUUCUGCUCUUGUUACUUCGACUACAAGUAUCUCAAGCGAAGCUCGAAGAAAAACAGCAAACUCACUCAAGAAUACACCCCAAGAACCAAAGUCCAGAAAGAAGAAGAAGGGUUCGGUCCCUGAUAGUCCCAUUCAAGUUUCUAUUGCUGAGUUGGGGGCUGAUACAAGUGUCACCAAACAGUUACCAUUUGCUAUGGCAUCACCACCUCUUCCAUCAAUAGUAUCGACCAAGCCCCCUGUUUCUAAAGCUUCUUGUGCUCCGACAAGUUCUCCUGUACUCCCAACUAAUUUUCAGGUGCUCUCUGGAGGGAAUAAUGAGCAGAGGGUUACCCUUUCGGAAGAGACGAGCACUCGACUUGAACAAGCCAAGCAACAGGCUGAAGAAGCUUCUGCUCAAGCUGCUUCAGCUGUGAGGCAUAGCCAAGGCAUAUGGAAUCAAUUGGGUGUCCAAAAAAGCUUGGCAUUGGUCUCAGAUGCUGAAGUGAAAGUGGCUUCAGCAGCUGUUGCAGCAGCUGCCGCAGCUUCAGUUGCUAAGGCAGCAGCUGCAGCUGCAAAGGUUGCUUGUGAAGCUGCUCUCCAAGCAAAACUCAUGGCUGAUGAAGCUUUGACUGCUAAUAAGACAGGUAAUGUUGAAAUUGGAUUGCCUGAAAGUAAGAAGAAUUCGAAGGGGAAGAAGGCAAGCACUUCUAGUUCAAUUAUUGCCCUUGCACGAGAGGCGGCUAGGAAGAGGGUGGAAGCAGCUUCUGCUGCUGCUAAGAGGGCAGAGAAUUUGGAUGCAGUGGUAAAGGCUGCAGAGCUAGCAGCUGAGGCUGUGUCACAAGCAGGGGCUGUUAUUGCAAUGGGAGACCCGAUUCCAUUGACAUUGAGGGAAUUGUUUGAAGCUGGGCCUGAUGGGUAUUGGAAGUUACAAAACCCAAGUGGGGAUUUUACUAAGAAAGCAGCUAAUUUACAAAUAGAGUGUGGUGGCUCCGCUGAAAUUUUGAAUGAGCAGGUUUCUGGUAAGGAUGGACUGGGUCAAGAUAAAGAAGGAAGUGCACCUUCUGGGGAAGAGUUAUCAGGGCAAGCAGUUGAGAAACAAGGUGAGGUAGGAAAUGGGGUGCAUCAAAAUGCAGCAACUGUUGAAAAUGGGUUUGGAGGGCAAUGGCGACGUAAGAAUUUGGAUGUGUCUAAAACUCUCAGGGUUGCUCCUGAAUUACAAUCUGAUUCCAGAGUUGUUUCUUCUGCCAUGAAGAGUGCUGAUGCUGAGAGGCCUCUAAAGUUGCCAGCUCUGAAGGAAAAUAACAUUAAGGAGGGAUCUCUUGUUGAGGUUGUUUCUGACGAAGAGGGCCUUAGAGGGGUCUGGUUUUCUGCCAAGGUACAGAGCAUAAAGGAUGGAAAAGCUUUUAUCUGCUACACUGAACUGCUUAAUGAUGAAGGUUCUGAUCAUCUUAAGGAGUGGAUAACUCUUGAAAGCGAAAGUGAUAAACCUCCUAGAGUACGACUUGCCCAUCCUGUGACUGCCUUGAAAUUUGAGGGUACAAGGAAGAGGCGUCGAGCAGCAAUGGGUAACUAUGUCUGGACUGUUGGUGAUCGGGUAGAUGUAUGGAUGCGUGAUGGAUGGUGGGAAGGAAUUGUCACUGAGAAGUUCAAGGAGGAUGAAAGCAAAUUGAGUGUUCAUUUUCCAGCUGAAGGAGAUUCAUCAGUUGUGAAAACUUGGAACCUCAGGCCAUCACUGGUUUGGAAGGAUAGCCAUUGGGUUGAAUGGUCACACUCUAAUGAAGAUGAGCAAUGGACAAAAGAGGAUGUGACACAAAUACGGGAAAAACGACAAAAACUUGGGCACCCUGAACUAGAUCCUGAAACUGAGGCCAGAGGGACUGAAAAGGCACCAAACUAUUUGUACACCGAGGACCCUAAGAAACCUCAAAACCUUAGAUCAUUGCCACUAUCUGCAAAGGAUAAAUUAUUUGAUGUUGGAAAGAGCUCCAGAGAGGGAAAUCCCUCUGGUGAAAUGAGAGUCAAACGGAAAGGGUUGCAAAAGGAAGGGUCAAAAGUGGUUUUUGGGGUUCCGAAGCCAGGAAAGAAAAGGAAAUUCAUGGAUGUUAGCAAGCAUUAUGUCUCAGAAAGAAGUGGUAAAUUACCCGAGAGAAAUGAUUCUGUUAAGUUCUUGAAAUAUUUGAUCCCACAAGGUUCACGAGGGGCUACCAGGGGCUCCUCAAAAGUAGAUGUUAAAGCUAAACAAGCAGUCGAUCCUAAGUCUAAGGAGGUUAAGAUUGAGAAAGCACAGAGGAUCCCAAAUAGGAACAGAUCUGAGAAAAAUGGUUCUUCUCUCUCUACUUCUACUGAGACCACAAGUGUGGAUCCCUUACUGAAUUCAAGAGGUCCUCUGACCACUGAUAAUAAUAACAAGGUCGACAAGCAGCAAACUCCUGAAGUUGGGUCUUUACCUAAUGUUACAAGGGAUGUUCCUGUUUUAUUUUCAUCCAUGGAACACUCAUUGCAAGCACCCUCGAGAAGUAAAUCUUCUACUAUUAUGGAGAGAGAACAGGUCCCUAAAGGAAAACAUCUACCUAGUGCAGAUAAGUUAAAUGCAGAGGAAGAUAAGUCUGCGGAUGCUAGUGCUCAUGGAAAGCCAGCUUCUGAUUUAGAGCCUAGGAGAUCAAACCGCAGAAUUCAGCCUACGUCAAGGUUAUUGGAGGGACUUCAGAGCACCCCAAGCAUCCCAAAAGCUCCCACAACUGCUUCACAUGACAGGGGUCAUAAGAAUCACAAUCGACCUGCAUCUUCAUCUUUGAAAGGGACUGGCCAUGGUUGACAAGAGGAUGACGAGGGGUUCGAUUCACCCUGUUGGGUCAGGUGUAUUUUGGUAGGUUAGGCAAAAUAUGGAUCCAUUGACAGUCCCAGUUAUACGUUUAGUGUACAUAUUGUAGUUGAAGAAGAUCAUGAUGCCCUGCUCUCUCUCUCUCUCUCUCUCUCUCUCUCUCUCUCUCUCUCUCUAACACUUGUAUUUUACAGGGCAGGUCCAACUCAUAAUUCCUCACGAUUGUGAGUUUUUACAAUUCCUUUGUAUGAUAUGUGUCUGUGUUAUAGCUUAGAAAUCGACAUGCUGUUGAACAGUUUUCCCUUAUUGAAUGGUUUGCACUGAUCGCUUCUUGUCAUGGCAA